AUGUCCUACUAUCCCGGCCAGCAAUACCACGGCGGCGGUGGCUACGGCGCCCCUCCACCGCCUCAGAAUGGCUAUGGUGGCCCGCCUCCGCAAGGAUACCCGCCUCCACAGCAGAACUACGGUGCUCCUCCCCCACAGCAAUAUGGAUACCAGAGCCCACAACCACCCUACAACAACAACUAUGGUCAACCUACGCCGCCUCCGCAGCAGUAUGGAUACAACCAGGGACCACCACCACCACAGCAGUAUGGCAACUACGGCCCACCGCCUCCGCAACAACCUCCCCGUCCAGGCAUGAUGCCCACAGCCAACAGCAAUCAAUGGACACAUGGAAACCACAACGCGCCCCCACCACCGCCCUCGGGCGCACAGAACUUCGGCCACGGCGCACCCAACGGCUAUUCGUUUCAAUACUCGGCAUGCAACGGUCGACGGAAAGCCCUCCUGAUCGGUAUCAACUACUUCGGCCAACGAGGACAGCUUCGCGGCUGCAUCAACGAUGUGAAGAACAUGAGCACAUACUUGAACGAGUUCUUUGGCUACAAGCGGGAGGACAUGGUCACGUUGACCGACGACCAGCAGAACCCCAUGAGCCAGCCGACUAAAGCCAACAUCUUGAGAGCGAUGCAUUGGCUGGUCAAAGACGCAAGGCCAAACGACUCUUUGUUCUUCCACUACUCAGGCCACGGCGGUCAAACCAAGGAUCUCGACGGCGACGAAGAUGAUGGCUACGACGAGGUCAUCUAUCCAGUGGAUUUCCGCACGGCCGGUCACAUUGUCGACGACGAGAUGCACCGUAUCAUGGUCACACCCCUCCAGCCCGGUGUGCGACUCACCGCCAUCUUCGAUUCUUGUCAUUCCGGCUCCGCCCUUGACCUGCCUUACCUCUACUCCACCCAAGGUGUGCUCAAGGAGCCCAACUUGGCCAAGGAAGCUGGUCAGGGUCUGCUGGGCAUCGUGGCGAGCUAUGCGCGUGGCGACAUUGGCAGCAUGAUUGGUGGUGCCACAAGUCUGUUUAAGAAGGCAAUGAAUGGAGAUGAAGUGCACAAGAAGAACCUAAGAACGAAAACUAGCCCUGCCGACGUAAUCAUGUGGAGUGGCUCCAAGGAUACGCAGACUUCGGCCGACGCAAGUAUUGGUGGAGAAGCUACGGGAGCCAUGUCUUGGGCUUUCAUCUCUUCGCUCCGCAAGAAUCCUAACCAAAGCUAUGUACAACUGCUCAACAGCAUCCGUGAUGAGCUGCAGGGCAAAUAUGACCAAAAGCCUCAAUUGAGCUGCAGUCAUCCGUUGAAUACCGAUUUGCUGUACGUCAUGUAG